AUGCAGUUCCUCCAACUUUCUCUGUUGGUUGUGCUCGCACUGCUUGUAACGGACAGCUAUGCAGAAAAAAUAAGGAAACAUAAGAAAUAUAACAGGAAGCCCAUGCCACCCACAGUGAGUUCUAUUGAAGAAACUGUUGAGGACACGAAUGAGGAUGACAACAAAGCACUCCCUCCUCUUCUUGCUGGUCAAGAUAUAAUAGAUAACAGAGUGCCAAUGAUUGAUCCGUGUUUGCAAGUUCACUGCGGCGCUGGCAGAAUAUGUCAGGUGGAUGAAGAAGGCGAGCCCCAGUGCGUCUGCAUCCCGACAUGUCCAGUCGAGACCGAGUCGCGUAGAAAAGUUUGCUCGAACUUCAACGAAACUUGGUCCUCAGAUUGCGCCAUCUAUCAGCAACGCUGUUUGUGCAACAAAGACGACGCUCAAUGCAAAGGGGCGCAAUACAAACACGUCCACAUCGAAUAUUAUGGCGAAUGUCGUCAAAUGCGGGAAUGUACCAAAGAAGAAAUGUCCGACUUCCCUCGCAGAAUGCGUGACUGGCUUUUCAACAUUAUGAGGGAUUUGGCUGAUCGUCAGGAAUUAACCCCGCACUACUUGACUAUGGAACGCGAAGCCGAAUCAAACAUGACCCGUCGUUGGACCAACGCAGCUAUCUGGAAAUUCUGCGAACUCGACGGAAAUCCGCCAGACCGAUCUGUAUCCCGUCAUGAACUCUUCCCGAUAAGAGCACCUCUUAUGGCUUUGGAACACUGCAUCGCUCCAUUUUUGAACACCUGCGAUACUGACAACAAUCAUAGAAUCAACAUCAAGGAGUGGGCAAAAUGUUUGGAAUUAGAUGAGGAUGAAAUCGAAGACAGAUGUGAACAAAUAACCGAGGAAGAGUAA